UCAUUUGGCUGCUUAGUUACUUCCUUUCAGCUGCUGACUCCUUCCUGUUCCCUCACGCUUCCUCUGAACUUCUACGGGGCCUGGGAGAAUAGCGGCCGCAAACAUGGCCCUCUAUAACUUCAAGAAGAUUAUGGUGGUCCCGCCAGCCAAGGACUUCAUAGACCUAACAUUAUCAAAGACCCAAAGAAAGACACCAACUGUUGUUCACAAACAUUAUCAAAUCCAUCGUAUUCGCCAUUUUUAUAUGAGGAAAGUCAAAUACACGCAGCAAAAUUACCAUGACAGAUUAUCUCAAAUUCUAACUGAUUUCCCCAAACUGGAUGAUGUUCAUCCUUUUUAUGCGGAUUUAAUGAAUGUCCUUUAUGACAAAGACCACUACAAACUGGCCCUGGGACAAAUCAAUAUUGCUAAGAAUCUCAUUGACAACGUGGCCAAGGAUUACGUGAGACUGAUGAAAUACGGGGAUUCCUUGUAUCGAUGUAAGCAGUUAAAGCGAGCAGCUCUGGGGCGCAUGUGCACCAUCAUCAAAAAACAGAAGCAGAGUCUGGAAUAUCUAGAACAAGUACGACAGCAUCUGUCCCGUCUACCAUCCAUUGAUCCCAAUACAAGGACUUUACUUCUGUGUGGGUAUCCUAAUGUCGGCAAGUCAAGCUUUAUAAACAAGGUAACCCGUGCAGAUGUAGAAGUUCAGCCUUAUGCAUUUACCACCAAAUCCUUGUUCGUGGGACAUAUGGAUUACAAAUACCUACGAUGGCAGGUAGUGGACACACCUGGUAUAUUAGAUCAUCCCCUUGAAGAGAGGAACACCAUAGAGAUGCAGGCUAUCACAGCCUUGGCUCACUUACGUUCUGCAGUCUUGUAUGUGAUGGAUGUCUCUGAACAGUGCGGGCACUCCUUAGAGGAACAGCUGGAGCUCUUCAACAACAUUCGUCCUCUGUUUGCUAACAAACCUUUGAUUUUGAUCCUAAACAAAUGUGAUGUCAAGAGAGUUUCUGAACUUUCUGAAGAACAGCAGAAAAUAUUCAAAGAUUUUGAAGAUGAAGGAAUACCUGUAAUUGAGACCAGCACACUCACAGAGGAAGGCGUGAUUCAAGUCAAAACAGAGGCCUGUGAUCGACUUUUGGCUCAUAGAGUGGAAACCAAAAUGAAAGGCAACAAGGUUAAUGAUGUACUAAACAGGCUGCAUUUAGCUGUGCCAAGCAAACGGGACAACAGGGAGAGGCCACCAUUUAUUCCUGAUGGAGCGCUGGUGCGAAGGAAACGCAUGGAAACAGAUGCACCUAAAAAGAGAUUGGAGAAGGAUAUUGAGAUGGAAAUGGGAGAUGAUUAUAUCUUGGAUCUGCAGAAAUAUUGGGAUAUAAUGAAUCCAACUGAGAAGUAUGACAAGAUACCAGAAGUCUGGGAGGGACACAAUAUUGCUGACUACAUUGACCCUGAAAUAAUGAAGAAACUGGAAGAAUUGGAAAAAGAGGAGGAAUUAAAGCAGGCAGCAGGAGAAUAUGAUAGUGACCCUGAGAGUGAGGAUGAGGAAAUGACAAAUAUUCGAGAACUUGCUCAGCAGAUCCGUGAAAAGAAAAAGUUCAAGUUCCUUGAGUCCAAGGAGAAAGAUAAACAUGGGCCAAGGCUGCCCAGAACUGUCAAGAAGGUUGAGCGUAAGACUCUAGAAAAAGAGAUGAGUUCCCUUGGGCUGGAUAUGACUGAAAAGAAUGAGGCUCAUUAUGCUGUACAAGCAAGAUCACGUAGCUUGCAAAGAAAACGUAAGCGUGAUGAAUCUGAAACACCAACUUCAGUUACUCGCAGCAGAAGUAACUCAAGGACCCCACGAGACCAGUCUGGAAUGCGGGAUGUUAAGAUGGUAAAGAAGGCCAAAACAAUCAUGAAGAAAUCUCAGGUGAAAAUGAAUCGUUUUGGCAGGAAAGGAGAAUCUGACAGACAUGUAUUUGAUUUGAAGCCUAAACAUUUACUGGCUGGGAAAAGAAAAUCUGGCAAGACUGACCGAAGAUAACUUUUAUACAAGCAAAACAAAUCAGUGUGUUAAAAUGAAACAUCAAAAGGUGUUAACAAAUACUUAAAUUCAUUACAAUGGUGCCAUGCACUGAACUGGACAGUCUUUCAGCUGAAUAAUAUCUUGUUCAUUUUCUCUUUGCAUUGUUGAUGCCAAAAAACAGUUACAAAAUUGUGAUUUGUCCAAAUAUUAGCUAAUAUUGCAUUUGUCUCUUGUAACUGUAUGUAUUUAAAGGUGCAUACAAAGUCCCUCUUGUAAGUGUCUGUAUUUAAAGGUAAAUACAUAGAGCUUUUUAAGACAUUUAAUUGACCUUUUAAAGAACAGAUGUUAAUACUGCAAUGUAAAACAUGUUAAAUGUAAAGAUACAUCAGUUAUUUUUGUGAUGGCCAAGAAAAUAAAUCUGUUCAUAUUUAUUAAA